CAGUUUCAUACUGCGUUGCUGUAAUUACAGGAUAGUGUAUUUUUUUGGGAGUUUUUCCCGAAUUGGUUCGUGUCAUUAAAUGGUAUGUUGUCUUUGUUAUCUCUGGUUGGAUUGUAUGGCGAACGGGAAAUCGACUAACUUCUGCCCACUGUACAAAGAAUUCGCGAAUGCGCGGAGGCGCGUGUUGAACUUCUCUUUCUUGAAAGAAUCACGUUGGACCUCUGAAGCUCUGAAUCCCUAACCAAGUUCUGGGAUUGAGUUGAAACUUGUAACCAACUAGGGUGGCCGGGCGGUUUGAGGUUGUCACGGGGCCAACAGUAUACCCCUCGAACUCUUGCGUUUUGCGCCCCCCCCCAGAAAGCUUGACUGACCCAUAGCUGAGUCUUGCAGGGUGUUGCAUAUAUCGUCAUGAUUGGUUACAGAAAACCCUGCUCUGUAGGCGGUUCUCGCCACGAUAAAAGACUAGCAGAGGAGGGAGGGACAGAUAUCGUAGAGAUUACCCUCCAAGAUCAGAAGAGAAGAGCCACCAUGGAAGAAGCAAGGCUCCUCCAUCAAGACACCUCUGGGUCGGAAAUUUGUCUCAAAACCUCAACGAAAAUGCUUUAGCAGAUCUCUUCUUACAAUUUGGGGAACUUGAGAGCGUUGCUUUUCAACCGGGUCGUAGUUAUGCCUUCAUUAAUUUCAAACAUGACAAAGAGGCUUUUGCAGCGGUGGGAGCACUUCAAGGUUUUAGUGUUGCAGGCAGUCCACUUAAAAUAGAGUUUGCAAAGGCGGAGAAAUCAUCAGCACCAUCGUAUGAUGAAGAUUACUCGCAACGCCGAGACGAACAACGAUCUGGAGUAAGAGGAUCUCCAUUCUCCCAGAGAGAUUCCAGAAUGUAUGACCCUAGUCUUGACCUUUCCUAUGCUGACAAGCCAAAGAUGAGUGAUAGAAAUGCAGAACCACCAAGUGAGGUCUUAUGGAUAGGGUUUCCGGCUUUAUUGAAGGUUGAUGAAGUGAUAUUGAGGAAGGCCUUCUCCCCAUUUGGGGAGAUUGAGAAGAUCACUGCAUUUCCAGGACGUAGCUACGCCUUUGUUCGCUUCAAAAACGUAAUGGCUGCUUGCAGGGCAAAGGAAACCCUUCAGGGAAAAUUAUUCGGUAAUCCCCGCGUACAUAUUUGUUUUGCAAGGAGUGAAUCUGGUCCGCCCAACAGUGGGAGGAACUCAAUGAACUCCCCUACCUCCCCAAUUAAGAAGUCAUAUGGACGCGCCGGAUCUUCUGAUAGGGACUUUGGGAGCGUACUUGGAGAUCCCACAAUGAGAUCUCCACGUUUUAUGUCGAAUCUGGAGUCUAGAGAUCCUGAUGUCAUGGGUUUUGGGCGGAAAGGUAAUUUAUGGAUGGAUGAAGGGGGUGCAUUUGAACAGAGGAGGUUCCAAGAACAGGGUCCUGAUUUAGGACUCCCGGAAAAUAUGUAUGAACGCCACAGAAGUCCUAAAAGAGACAGAGGAGCUCCAUUUCAUGAUUUCCCUCAAAAAGGUCCAUUCUAUGAUGAUCCUUGGGAUUUGCCAGAAGAGGCCUUGCACUUUCAUGGAGCUAAGAAACUAAAAACUGACUCCUUUCCUCCGGAUAAUGAGCUCCCAGAGUAUCCUUUCUCAGGUCCAGAGCAAGCAAAACAUGGUUUCCCGAGGAUAUUCCCUGAUUUUCCUCAACCUGACCCCCUUGAUAAGAAUUUUGAGCCUGGGCCUUUUGGGUAUAGACAACUUCCUGAUCGGGCAAUAAAUUUAAAGCAACAGUAUGGGGAAAGGAGCGAUCACUGGAAUGCACCUUAUGAUGGCUUCCAAGGUGGUUCUGUUUCAUUGCCUGCAAAUCCUGGUGAGUGGAAACGGUUAACUCCCGACUUGCAUCAGCCUGUGACUGAAGAAUGGAAAUGGGAAGGGACUAUAGCAAAGGGAGGCACUCCUGUCUGUCAAGCUCGCUGCUUUCCUGUGGGAAAAGCACUGGACAUGCCAUUGCCUGAAUAUUUAGACUGCACAGCAAGGACUGGCUUAGACAUGCUUGCAAAGCAUUACUAUCAAGCAGCUAGUGCCUGGGUGGUAUUCUUUGUUCCGGGAAGUGACGCCGACAUCGGGUACUACAAUGAAUUCAUGAAUUAUCUUGGGGAGAAGCAGCGAGCCGCUGUGGCUAAAUUGGACGAAACCACCACCCUGUUUCUAGUGCCCCCUUCAGACUUCUCCGAAAAAGUGCUCAAGGUGCCAGGGAAAUUGAGCAUUUCCGGUGUUGUUCUAAGGUUAGAGCAUCCGGGUCCCAAUCCGGGUUCUUCUCUUCCUCAUCCGCUGGAUAAGAGAGAAAAUAAUUCAAUGUCUUAUCGCAGAGAUGCGUCAUACCCAAAGCCAACAUCACCUCCUCCAGGGCAUUUUCCCUCAGCGCCUUCUUUUCCAAAUAGGGGAAAUUCUGGGGUCAUGAAUAUACCAUUUUCGGGGAAUUCGGCUACAUCCUCUCACGGUAUUGGAAAUAUGUCCAACGCCAGUAAUGAGAACAGGAAUGAUACGGCUCAUCAAAGAAACCCUGGAUUCGGAACAAACUGGUCACCACAUCAUUUGCAGAACCCUAAUUCUGAUCCUAGAAAUAUGGCAUCGCAAUCAUCAAGUACUGCGUUUGACCAUUCUGUUCAGGGAUAUAACCCUACAGUCCCUACCAUGCCUAGGGCUGUGCAAGAAACGAGUUCCAGUAGUUACACCCCUCGAAUGACGGGUAUGCCCCUGGGAGGGAGCAGCAAGCUAUCCCAUCAGCAAACUAAGCCUCAAGUUUCUUCAUCUACACCUAUUUCAGGACUUCAGCCGGAACAACUUGUGCAAUUGGCUUCAUCCCUUCUUGGGCAGCCAAGGCAGUCAGGUGGCGGUCCUGGGGAAGAAUUUAGGCAGUCAGGGGCCAUGAAUCAUUCUGAAAACCCGUAUGGGACACCUCAGAGAUAUACUCCACAGAAUAACCAGUUUGGUCAAGUGCAGCCGCAACAGCAGCAGCAGGCAGCGAAUGUGGCAGCGGGGAAUCAACAGAUGCAAACUGGUAACACACAAGAGGAAGAUGCGGAUCCUCAGAAACGACUGCAAGCAACAUUGCAGUUGGCAGCGGCUCUUCUUCAGCAAAUCCAACAAGGGAAAGGGAAUUGAGAAGUAUGAAUGGCGCGCUCAAAUAUGAAGUCCAACUGCUAGUUAUUCAGAUGAUGAUUGUAUCCUCUGUCCUUUGCUUGUUUUGGGGAAUUUCUGUUUUCUCUUAAUCAGUAGUGGAAGGUUUAUACUUAUUAGUUCGGACUCCUACUUCUUUUGAUGGAAAUCAGAAACCAGCCAGUUUUGAUGAUUGGUUUGCUAUGGAAUCAGAUUUGGUGGUUUC